CUUACAUACCACGUUUCUCUCUUUCCAAAUAACCAGUAUUUAGGGGGGCUUCUGGCUUUCCUUGUGCUUUUCUUUUUCUUAACAUCUCUUUCUUUCAGGUUAUAACUUUUUAGUUCCCAUAUAUGGCUUCUCUUCUCUUUAUCUCUAAUCCCACUUUUCCUUUUCAAUUUCCCUUGGCUUUUCCUUGAGUUUUUUUUUUUUUUUUUCCUGUUUGAAUCUUUUUGGGUUUGUUUUUCUCAGCUAGGUGUGUUGAACCCAGGGAGAUUGAAACUGUUUGUUUUGAUACAUAACACAUUCAAUUCAAGUAUUAAAGGGUAUUGGAAUUGAAAAUAAACUUUUGAAACUUUUGGUAACUUUGUGAGAAGAGAAUCCAUUUUUGUCCAACUAGCUUCUAAAAGAAAAAAUAAUUAUAAUAAGGUUUUUAGCUUUUCUUUAAUCAAAAGGCUAUUAUGGCAAACGUUAUCGGACGUGUUAAGGAAGAUGAACAGCUUGAUUUGCCUCCUGGGUUUCGAUUCCAUCCCACUGAUGAAGAGCUUAUUUCUCACUACUUAUACAAGAAAGUUGUUGAUACGAGCUUUUUGUGUAGAGCUAUUGGAGAAGUUGAUUUGAAUAAGUCUGAACCUUGGGAUUUGCCUUGGAAAGCGAAAAUGGGAGAAAAAGAGUGGUAUUUUUUUUGUGUAAGGGACAGAAAAUACCCAACUGGAUUGAGAACAAACAGAGCAACUGAAGCUGGGUAUUGGAAAGCAACAGGGAAAGAUAAAGAAAUUUACAGAGGAAAAUCUCUCGUUGGAAUGAAGAAAACCCUGGUUUUCUACAAAGGUAGAGCUCCGAAAGGAGAAAAAUCCAACUGGGUUAUGCAUGAAUACAGACUAGAAGGAAAGUUUUCAGUCCAUAAUCUCCCCAAAACCGCAAAGAAUGAAUGGGUAAUUUGCAGGGUUUUUCAGAAGAGUUCAGGUGGUAAGAAAAUCCCCAUAACGGGGUUAAGUAGAUUAAGCCCUUUUGGAAACGAAAUGGGUUCAUUUGGUUUACCACCAUUAAUGGAUUCUUCAUCACCUUAUAGCAACAAGUCCAAACCAGUUCUCCACUCGGUGAACGUGCCCUGCUUCUCCAGCCCCAUGAAUAAUAACAACAUUCUUAGAAACCAAGAUGAAACAACAAUGGAUUCGUUGAACAUAAACUCUCUUUACGGUGUCGUUUCAAACUCUCCUUCAACAAACGUUGUUCUCCCAAGAAUCCCACUUCCGAACUCGCUUUACUCGGCUCAAAACGCUGCCGUUUCAUCACAUAUGCAGUUCCCUAACUUUCUUAUGGUUCACCAUAAUAAUAAUAAUAAUAAUGGUGAUGACCAGUCAAUCCUCAGGUCUUUGGUUGAGAACAAUGGAUCAAACUUGAGGCAAAUCUUCAAAACAGAGAGGGAAACGGUCAUGAAUAGUGAAGUCAACACAUCUGUAAUGGCCAAUCUUGAAAUGGGUAGGAGGCCAUUUGGUAAUCAAGCUACUGCUUCAGCUGGUUCAGUUGAUAUGGAAAGCUUCUGGAAUUAUUAAGAAGAAAAUAAAACCUAUGAUUUAAUAGAAAGGUUUGAUUAUUAGUAGGGUAGUUAAAAAUUCGAAUUAUUAAUGCUUGAUGGUAUGUAUUGUAGAUCUUAUGAAUCUGAAAAAAAAAAAAGUUAAGUAUGUGUUAUCUAUGUAAGAAAAUGAUAUGAUUGGUAACUAUUUUAAUUUUGGUGAUUUCA